CCCAAGUCACCGGUGUCUUUCGACCGAAUCGAGUAUCUGAUAAUCUAUACUGAAUACCGACAAUAUCUUUUCUCCGACGCUCUAACCGCGUAAAAAAAAAAAAGACAAAAAGAAGAUUUUUCCCUCUCGAGAGUUUCGGCCAGUCCCAAGGUGGGAGAGCCGCCAACGAAGAAGAGAAGCCUCUAUAAGGGAGGAUACGCGGCAGCAAGAAGUCACAAGUGCCAAGUGUGUGUGCCAAUAGGAUUAUAUCGAGCUUCCCACUGAACCACGAAGAGGAAAAGAGAGAGGACACGCACAUGAUGGAGAGGACGUGGCGGAAUAUACGGAAGACGGUCUUUCUUUUAUUGCUGUCCUUACUAUUGGCCAGUGUACGAAGUGAAGCACCGUUGGUUGACAGCAGUGCGUUGCCUCUGGAACACAGAUCCGUCUAUGGAGCUCCAGCUCAAUAUGGCCCACCAGUAGCUCACGAGGAAAAUUGGCCACUGGCGUCGCCUGAUACUCCACAGAUCAAGCAUCUGCAGGUGCAAUGCGAGAAAACGCACAUGCGAGUAAAUAUCGAGUUCGAUCGGCCGUUCUACGGUAUGAUCUUUAGUAAGGGCUUCUACUCGGAUCCGCACUGCGUUCAUUUGAAGCCCGGUACCGGCCACUUGAGCGCAACCUUCGAGAUCUUCCUCAAUUCAUGCGGCAUGAGCUCGUCGGCGAAUCACAACGUCGCUGCUUAUGGCGCCCCGACGCCAUCCGGUAGCUACGUGGAGAAUACUAUUAUCGUGCAAUACGAUCCGUACGUGCAGGAAGUGUGGGAUCAAGCGAGGAAGCUGCGUUGUACUUGGUACGACUUUUACGAGAAGGCGGUCACCUUCAGGCCAUUCCAGGUUGACAUGCUACACGCCGUCACCGCCAACUUCCUCGGCGACAACCUGCAGUGUUGGAUGCAGAUACAAGUCGGUAAAGGUCCUUGGGCCAGCGAGGUGUCCGGCAUCGUCAAAAUCGGUCAGACCAUGACGAUGGUACUGGCUAUCAAGGAUGACGAGAACAAGUUCGACAUGCUGGUGAGAAAUUGCGUCGCUCACGAUGGCAAGAGGGCACCGAUUCAAUUGGUCGAUCAGUACGGUUGCGUAGUCAGGCCGAAGAUCAUGUCCAGGUUCCAGAAGAUCAAGAACUUCGGCCCGAGUGCGUCAGUUGUUAGCUUCGCCUAUUUCCAAGCCUUUAAAUUCCCCGACAGCAUGAACGUCCAUUUCCAGUGCGUAAUUCAAGUCUGCCGGUACAAUUGCCCCGAGCCCAAGUGUGGACAUCCUGGUCUUGAGUACGACACACCUGCCGGCGGCAUUACUCACGGAUAUGGCACACCGGUCUCGCAAGGUCUUUCUUCGGAGUACGGUACCCCUGUGCCCGAAUACGUCGUACCACCGGCACCAUAUCCUGAUCCGCGACAUCCCAGCGGACCGACCGGAUCGUACAGUGAACUGAAUCCGGACGUCGUUCCGGCACCGCAAGCACAGACCUCGUCCUCUUCACCCAGCUCGACGCCGGGUGACGCUACGGCGAGUAGCUCACCCCAAAGUCCCCAAGAUAAUAUCCAUCUCCCUCCGCCUCCUCUGCCCGGCCAUCGAGCGCCAUAUCAAACUGUAUCAAAGCGAAAAGGAACCGUUGGCACAGACGAGCUUGAAGGUAAUCUAGUCGUCCUUGGAGGUCGGCCAAGGUCGGUUGAAGGUUUUCCGGCUGAGCUCAGAGGCGCUAGGAGGCGAAGGCAUGACGAGCCGCACGAAGAUGAUGAAAGCAACAUCUAUCACACGGUGACCCUAUUCUCCACCCAUGUGUACAAACGAGCGGCACAGGAGAUGACGGAUGUGAACACUUCGAGGGUCAUCCAAGUGGUCGCACCGGGCGACGUCAACUUUGCGCUGGGUACAACAAACUCUAGCAAUGAUACCACCGUGGUCAUACAGAACGCUGCAUCUACCGAUCCAGAGACGAUUUGCAUGAGCCUACCGGGUUUCGUGGGCGGUCUGGUGAUGCUGUUGCUGGUCGUUGUGGUGGCUUCUCUCGUCGCAGCCUUCCUCUUCGUCAGGGUGCGCGCCGUGGACCGCAAGAACGCUGCGAUAGGCGGGAACGGCUUCGUCCAUCCGGCGUACGCAACUGAGAAUUGUAGCAUGCCGAACCCGGAGUUCGUGAAAGUCGCCAACUGAAGAGGCAUAUACGGUGCGCAAAAUCAAAAAAACUUGCCGCAGAAGAGAAAGAAGAGAUCCCCCUCCGGAGGAUCGUCGACCUCGACGACGGGCAAUGCUUCGGGACCAGCUAUUUCAUCCGAAACGGAACUAAAGACACGUGACCAAACGUCGGAGAUUCUCCUCGUCGAAAGUUGCAACCGCGUUUCUCUUCUCUCUCUUUCUCCUUUUCCAUCUAGGUAGCCGAUAGCUUCGCGUCUAAUCUAGUCGCGUCAAUCCGCUUCUCGUCGAAUCGAGGGAGACAAUAACUAGAUCGGUAUUGAGAGGGUAUGAAUUCGAUUGAAUGAGGAAGACGAGAGGGAUCUUCGAGUAGAGUAUGUAAAUAAGAGACCCGGAAGCACGGGCGAUUUGACGAGGAAAUAGCGGAAUGGAGAGGAGAGGAAGGUAAACGGGAAAGAGGAGCCACUGAUGCGUGUUCUACCGAUCGUUCGCGGUCGGAAUCAGCUUUUUUACCAAUCAUCGCGAUCGAUGGAGCGCGCGUCACAUGAAUAUCGCUUCGUGAUCACCGCGGCGUCACCGAGUAGCAUCAACGUAAUUUCUACGUCUCGACGAUUACUCGACGGUCUGCCCGACGGCAGCUCGGUAUCAGGGAACGAGAGAUCGAUCGCGCAAUCGCCAGAGUAGUCUCUAAGGAGGGCAUUGUAAAUAAGUCGCGCAGAUAGUCAGACGGCCCUUCAGGACCCGCUUUCAGGUCUCGCGUCUCUCCGAUCACCGUGUGUACACGCUAUUAUUUAUCACACGCAUCGUAUACUUCAACGAGUGUUUCUUCUUAUCGCCUUUGUUGUACCUCAUCGUAUUUUUUGUUGUGCCCCGUGCUGGCGACUUCCGCGGAGAACUGCGCACGAGCUCGCGUCGCGACGCUCGACGUCAUACGCCGACGUCGACGACGGUGCUCGGUGGUAUCGUUAUUUCGCGUUCUUAAAUCUCAAGCAGUUCACCGAGCGCUCCCGGGAAACAUGUUUGUCUCGAAAUUGGGCUGCAGAAUCAUCGAAACACAACGCUCGUCCUCUGAAAGUUUAAUUUAGGGCGGAGAAUCGUCGCCUCUAGAACGAGGAACGCUCGCUAAGCUGUUUAAGAUACAAUGAGAAGACUCUAUUUAUUAUCUCCCUCUCUAUCCUUUUUCUAACUCUACACUCUGAUCGAUCUAACUUAAUUUAUUGAUCAAAAUUAUACGACAUUAUCCUUUCGUUACUUUACUUCGCUUAGUACUUAAGAUAUUCGUCGAGGAAUAUUCCCGGAAUUUGGGAAUAUGUUUUACGUAUGUGUUUUAAGCACACACACAUACACAUACAACACAUACAUAAAUAUAUAAAUACAUUUAUACAUACUGACAUACAUAUAAAUACAUUCAUACAUACUGACAUAUACACGACACGUAAAACAUAAGAUCACACAUACAAUGCGCGAAAUGUGUUGUAUAUGUUAUUAUACUAGCGCGAAAAAAAAUGUAUCCA